AUGGGGGGUCUGAGCAGUAGGCAGCCUGUUCCCGCGCGUGGUUCUGCCCCCGCGGGGUCCCCGGCACCCCUGCCACUGGCCACCAAGCCACCCAUCCUCCGCUCGCCAUCUCCCCGCACUGGCCUUUCACCCACGGGCACCACCCCCCAGCCUGCCACCCGUGGCCCUGGCGUCCCCUCCUUCGCACCCGUGACCCCCCGCAAGAAGUCCUCGGUGCCGGCUGAGUACCACGACACUGUCCCUGAGGAGUACGAGGAGAAGAUCAAGAAGCCCAAGUCCUCGGGGCACUCGCAGGGCAGCACGCAAGACUCCCGUCCCCAGACACCCAUGAGUGACACCUCCGGCCGCAUCUCCAUCCGGGCGUCUCCCAAGCUGGUGCGUGCCGGCUCCAGGAUCUUCGAGAGGCUGCAGUACUUCGAGGAGCGGCGGAGGACGGCCAGCGAGCCCCCGGCGCCCCGCGUCCCCCGCACCCCCUCCUCGCAGGGCACCAGUGGGCGCAAGGGUCUUCCACCAAAGACUGUCCCGCCAGGGGAGAGCACGCACGUGAUUCAGCACCUGGCACUUUCCAGUGUGGCACUUGUGGGAUCCGACGGGGAGCCGGAGCCAGGGGGACAGCGUGGGAGGAAAGCCCCAGUGCGGGGCAGCACAGCAGCUGGCCAGUCCACCCAGGUGGAGGAUGUUGGUGCCAGGAAGGGUCCGCAGCAAGAAGGCACUGGGGAAGUGAAGAAGAAGGAGCAGUGGCUGUUAGCACAAGCCACCUCGCAGGGACGGGUGGCCCUUUCACAGGCGGGUCCCGCCAGAGGCAGCCCAUGCCCAGACGGGAGCCCUGCUGGAGGAGCCCGGCGGUGA